AUGCAUCCUGAACUUCAAUACCACCCCUUAGCCCUGCCCAAAGUCAGAGAUGACCUUAGCCUUGAUGCACGGACUUUCGAUAUCCUGAAUACCACUUUUGGGUUACUCCAGAUGUCCAAUUUUAGCUUUGCCCAAGAUUGUUGGCUCUGUUUAAAACUAGGUACCCCUACCCCUCUUGCGAUACCCACUCCCUCUUUAACCUACUCCCUAGCAGACUCCCUAGCAAAUGCCUCCUGUCAGAUUAUACCUCCCCUCUUGGUUCAACCGAUGCAGUUCUCCAACUCGUCCUGUUUAUCUUCCCCUUUCAUUAAUGAUACAGAACAAAUAGACUUAGGUGCAGUCACCUUUACUAACUGCACCUCUGUAACCAAUGUCAGUAGUCCUCUAUGUGCCCUAAACGGGUCAGUCUUCCUCUGUGGAAAUAACAUGGCAUACACCUAUUUACCCCAAAACUGGACAGGGCUUUGCGUCCAAGCCUCCCUCCUCCCCGACAUAGACAUCAUCCCGGGAGAUGAGCCAGUCCCCAUUCCUGCCUUUGAUCAUUAUAUACGUAGACCUAAACGAGCUGUACAGUUCAUCCCUUUACUAGCUGGACUGGGAAUCACCGCAGCAUUCACCACCGGAGCUACAGGCCUAGGUGUCUCCGUCACCCAGUAUACAAAAUUAUCCCAUCAGUUAAUAUCUGAUGUCCAAGUCUUAUCCGGUACCAUACAAGAUUUACAAGACCAGGUAGACUCGUUAGCUGAAGUAGUUCUCCAAAAUAGGAGGGGACUGGACCUACUAACGGCAGAACAAGGAGGAAUUUGUUUAGCCUUACAAGAAAAAUGCUGUUUUUAUGCUAACAAGUCAGGAAUUGUUAGAGACAAAAUAAGAACCCUACAAGAAGAAUUACAAAAACGCAGGGAAAGCCUGGCAUCCAACCCUCUCUGGACCGGGCUGCAGGGCUUUCUUCCGUACCUCCUACCUCUCCUGGGACCCCUACUCACCCUCCUACUCAUACUAACCAUUGGGCCAUGCGUUUUCAGUCGCCUCAUGGCCUUCAUUAAUGAUAGACUUAAUGUUGUACAUGCCAUGGUGCUGGCCCAGCAAUACCAAGCACUCAAAGCUGAGGAAGAAGCUCAGGAUUGAGCUUCCGGGACAAAAGCAGGGGGGAAUGAGAAGUCAGAACCCCCCACCUUUGCUACAUAAAUAACUGCUUAUGCGCCCCACCCUAACCGCUUUCAUUUCGCUUCUGUAAAACCGCUUAUGCGCCCCACCCUAGCCGGAAAGUCCCCAGCCGCUACGCAACCCGGGCCCCGAGUUGCAUCAGCCGCUUCGCAACCCGGGCUCCGAGUUGCAUCAGCCGAAAGAAACUUCAUUUCCCAAGCUUCCCCGGGACGAAAUUACCCACAACCCCAACCACCACCGAGCAGAGAGCCUAUCGCCAGCCUGUAUGCAAAUGUAACUCAAAAUGGUAUAAAAGACCUGUAACCCCGUU